AUGAGGGAACUUGUGCAUGAAACACAGGAAGAUCGCACACAGGCCCAGCAGGUGAACAACUGUACAUUUUCUCAUGAUGGCCAGCUCCUAUUAACAGGUUCAGAUGACUGCAAUGCUUGCAUCUGGCAUGUUAAAGGUGAAAAACUUCUAUCUAAAAUAAAGGGCCACACAGGCCCAGUCAAGGCUUGUGUGUUUUCUAAUGACUCUAAUUUCUUCGCCACUGGAUCCUGUGAUUGUACUGUAAGAUUAUGGAAGACCAAAACAGGAAGAUGUCUGUACACUCUGCAAGGACACAGUAAAAGUGUGGAGACUGUAUGCUUUAACCAUAAUUCAAAACUGCUCGCGUCUGCUGGCUGGGACUACACAGCUAUUCUGUGGGAUACAAUGGCAACUGGAUCCUGGGACUAUACGAUCAGAGUGUGGAGGAUACGAAAACCAAGGCAGAGAAUAACUUUGCGGGGUCACACAGGCAACGUGAGCUGUGUGAAGUUUUCUGCAUUUGGAAUGUUGGCUUCAGCUUCCUGGGACAAGACUGUACGUGUA